AGGCCUAGCCUGCUUUGCCUGUUGCCCAUGCGCUGAGCCUCGCGAAGUGCGCGUGCGGGAUGUGUGGGGCUAGAUGGAGUCAUCUUCCGAGGAGGAGGAGCUGGCAAACCCGAGCCAGUAUCGAUGGAUUGCCUGGUGCGUGGUGCUUGGGGCUUUGGUGACAGUGAUCGUGGGCCUGCCACAGGUGCCGGUGCUGCUGCGAUACCACCAGCCCCUGGGCUUCGCGGCAGACAAGCAGAGCCCCGGCAGGUUGGCACAGGCGGAGCUGCAGCGAAAGUUCCCGAACUUUGCAGCGGUGGUGGAGGCGCCGGUGAUGGUGCUCCUCCGGUCGCGUGCCGGCUCGGUGCUCACGCCGGAGGUGCAGCACUUCACGGAGAAGCUGCUGAGCUCCAUGUCCGACCCGCGGGUGGAGCCGCUGCAUCCCAUCGCCCUUGGCGUUUAUGCGCAGAACAAGAUGGGUGGGGUACAUUUGCCCGCGAGCCUGGUGCGGAAGAAGCUGCUCUCCAGUGACCAGAGGACGACAGUCCUGGUCCUGGUCCCGACGUCGUUUCCCACGUUCGCGACCUUCCAGCACGACGGCUACAACCGGACGGUGUUCGCCCCGUGGCUCUAUCGAAAAAAGCUCAUGGAAUUCCUCCACGAGCUUAUGGCGGAUCCCCCGUCCAACACCCAGCUCUUCCUCACGGGGAACCCGGUGAUCGAAUACGAGAGGUUCUUCGACCGUAGCAUCGAGCUGCUGCUGCGUGCCGAGCUUUGCGUGCUGCCGUUGGCUCUGCUGAUCUUCAUUUGGCUGAUCCGAGAGGUGCGGCUGCUGCUGCUGCCGCCGCUGGUGCUGCUGGUGUCCUUGGCCAUGAGCGCCGCCUGCUGUGUGCCGCUGGCCCGAAGCACGCCCCUCUCGCCCGACGUGCCGCCCGUGAUGGUCUCAGUGCUGCUGGCCUUUUCUUUGGACUACAGCCUCUUCAUGCUGAGUCGCUUCAUGGAGAACAAGGGCAAAGCCAUGGACAUUGAGCAGAAUGUGGAAGUGCUAGUCUGCGAGACAGGCCACACGAUUCUGGUCAGCGGCUCCCUGAUCGCCAUCGCCUUCUUCGGGGCCUUGGCGCUGCCGGAGAAGAAUCUGCACAGCGCGGGGGAGGUGCUCGGGGUCACCGUGGCCUGCUGCGUGGUGGUGAACGUGUGCCUAUCACCGUCUCUGUUGCUCCUCUUCGGCGAUUGCCUCAGCGGCGACGGCAGCGACAACGGCGACGCAUGGCAGAGUGGCAGCGAGCGCGACACCGCGCUUCUUGGUGAGGGUCACCUCAAGCACAAGUUCUGGCUUCGGCUGAUGCGAUGGGUAGAGCACCGGCCGCUUCUGGCGAUGUGCGGGGUGUUUCUGCUCUUUUUGCCGGUGACGUGGCAGCUCCCUGCCGUCCACGGCACCGCGGACAUCUAUGCCGCGCUGCCGGAUCUGCCCAGCGUGCUAGCCAUGCGUGAGCUGGCCAAAGACUUUCCCGCUGGGCAAUUUGAUCCGUAUCUGCUGGUCCUCAGUGACACCGGGACGAAUUCAUUACUCACAGAGAAGGGCUACAAGGCCAUGCUGCAGCUCUGCGGUAUCCUCCAGCAGAUGGGUUCGGUUGACUCAAUGCUGAGCCCGGUGUACCUGCUCGACCAAAGUGUCGACUGGUCCACCGCGCAGCACUGGCAAUCUCCGCAGGGGCCGCCCGAGCUCCAAAAAACUUACAGGAAGAUCAUGGAGACCCACGUCAACGGCUCUGCUGUCUUGAUGGAGGUCUUCACGGACUUUCUGCCCCGGGGGCCCAAGGGCGCCUUGUGGGUGCGCCAGCUGCGGUUGGGCCUGGCCGCCUGGGAAGGGCAGCAUCCCGGCUUCACCGCAGUGCUGUGCGGGGGCGCCACGCUGGCAGUGGACGCCCAGGACACUGUCAUGCAGGCAGUGCCCACAUACUUGGUGGUGUCCAUUCUACUCAUCACCGCUGUAGUCUUCGGUAUUUUCCGAAGCCUGCUGUUGCCGCUGCGUCUGGCCUUUGCGCUGCUCUUCACACUGGCCGCCACCUUCGGCACGGCGGUGAUUUGCUAUGAGACCUCGCUGCUCCACGGACUCUUCCCCAGCCUGGCGGACUAUGAUGGCCUCUGCUACCAGAUUGUGCCCAUGGCUGUGUGCAUCGCCAUCGCCUUGGGUUUGGACUAUGACAUUUUUCUCGUGUCCCGCAUCGUGGAAUUUCGCCUGGCGGGCUUCACUGAUCCGUCAAGUAUUGUUUUCGGUGUGGCGAGCACCGGGGGCAUCAUCUCGGGUGCCGGGGCCAUCAUGGCCCUGGCCUUCAGCGGGCUCUUCUUCUCCCCCAAGCUGCUGCACCAGCAGUUUGCACUGUUGCUGGUCACCUCGGUUCUGCUGGACACCUUCGUGGUCAGGACUAUCCUUGUCCCUGCAAUGAUGCUAUCUGCAGGGAAUUAUAAUUGGUGGCCUCGAAGAAUGCCACAACCUAAAGAGAUUGAACAGAUUGUCAAUGGUUCCUUCAAAGAUGAGGAAGACACGGAUUAA